AUGGCGGGGAACAUCUUUCACCUUGUUCUCCUCGGCCGUGACCGUGAGGCAAAGGCGAAGGCUUUUGCAGCAAAUGGUGGUGCUGCUACUGUUGAUGGAGAAGUGGAAACACCAGUGCGGUUUUCCGACAAGUUCGAGAAAGGGAGGAAGCACACACGUGCCGAUAUUGCGCUCGACCACGAUCCCAUCGCUGAUGUCUACGCGGAGUUCAUCCACAGGGGUAACCGUGUCGAGCUGCCGAAGAAUCUUGCCACAUGUGAGCUUUCUGAUCCGGUGUAUUGA